UACCACAUCAUCCCCUGGUCACUGUCAACUGAACUUCUGUUAGAGUCGCCAGUAAACCUCGGAUCGUCCUCCGAUCAAGCUAGCCGCUAUGUACACUUUCGUCAUUCGUAUUUGUUUAACUUAUACCUUAUUUAGUGUGGCCUUCGCUGCGAUACCAUCGUACAUAAAAGUAUGCAGUCGAAAGGAUCCGGAAAUAAAUAAAUGUGUAUUUAAUUCAAUCGAACAAUUGCGAGACAAGCUAAUCACAGGAAUUCCGGAAUUAAGUGUUCCAUCAAUUGAACCGCUUAUACUAAAGCAUAUACGUUUAUUGAGAGGUCCCACCGGUGCGAGACUUGAUGUUAAUCUCACGAAUAUACAAGUAUUUGGACCUUCGACAUUUAAAAUACGAGACUUUAAAAUCGACCCAAACAAUGUAGUCCUUACCUUUAAAGUCGGCUUCCAAAAGCUCGAUUUUCGAGGAAAAUAUCAGAUAAAUGCGCAAAUUCUGUUGCUCAGAUUAGUUGGGGAAGGAAAUGUUACUGGAAAUUUUCUGGGUUAUGAGAGCGAUUGCUUUUUGAAAUCUCACAAAGUAAUUAGAAAUAAUCAGACGCAUAUAAUCUUCGAAAAAAUGAAGUUUAACAUCAAGAUAAAUAAAGCUCAUAUCAAUCUUGACAAUUUAUUUAAUGGCGAUCCAGUUCUUGGACCAGCGAGUAAUGAAGUUUUAAACGCAAAUAGUGAUUUGUUGGUGGACGAAAUAAAACCGGUACUGGAAGACGCCUUAUCAGAUCUUUUUACGAAUAUUUCGAACAAGAUCACUGAAGCUUUCACAUACGAUGAAUUGUUUCCAGAUAAUUAAUAAUUAUAGACAUAAUUUAUUCGAAUCUAUUUUUAUCCAAAAAUUUGAUUUAUAUAUUCCUCUAUCUAAAUUAUUUCUUGAUCUUUAAAUUAUAAGAAUCCUUAAAUUAUAAGAACGAUAAUUUUAAUGUUUGUUUUUAUGGUAUAUCUUAUAGUUUAUUUUUGUUUUUAUAGUAUAUCUUAAGGUACAUGAAUGUCUUACAUGAGUGUAAUUAUAAUGCACAAGCACAAAUUGCGUUUACAGUGACAACAAGUGAUUGCUACGCAAAUUAUAUAAAAAAUCUUUUCUUUGUAAAAGAAAUUAUUGUUUUUGUUAAAAGUUUGUAAGUUUGUUUUUGUUAAAAGUUUGUAUACUACUACUUUU